CCCGGGUCCUGAGGCCCAAGCGAGCUCUCUCUGCACGUGCUGGCCAGAGGAAGCAUUGGCCGAGCCGGGCCCCACCUUCCUGUCUGGGGCCCCAGAUAAGUGGCUUGGGGUGAAGGACCCAACUCUGUGUAGGGCCAGGCGUCAGGCCUGCCUGGGGAAGGAGGGAUCCUGCGGGGGGGGGGGUGCUCAGGGUGUGUAUACUGAUGGGAAGGGGGCCAGAGGCUCAGUAAGGUGCAGAAUACACCAUGGCUUGUCAUUUUGGGGGUCCUGGGCCUCACCUCCUCAGCCCUCCAUGCUCACUACUGUGCUGUUUUUGAGCACCCUUUCUGCACUCCAUUUUGGCUGCCUCUCAGCUUCCUCCCUACUGCUCCCCAGACCAGUCAGGGUCCUCCCAGCCCAAGGGGGCCAUGGGACCCUGUUCUGAGUCUUGACUACAUUGGGUAAGUCAGCAGUUGCUUCAGUUUCUGCCCAGCUCCCUUCUCUCCUGCUUCCUCUUGGGAUCCUUAUUUUCCCUCCAGAAGCCUCACACUCAACUCCUCCAUGGGGGCCCGCUCCUAUUUCUCUCCUUUGCCCUUUGAGUUUUGGGGUCUUUUUCACAAUUUUCCACAUGCUGCAAAGUUGCUCAAAGACAGUCUUUCCUUUGUGUGUGUGUGUGCCUGUCCUCUGUCAGUCCUCAGACACACUCUUCCUUUUUGUCCCCUCUGUGCCCUCUGUUUCUCUCUGUACCCCCACCCAUGCCCCCUCAUUCCUGCUCCCACCUGUGCCCUUGGCAUCCCCAAAAUUCCUCUGCCUAGGCUCCCUCAGCUCUGAUGGGCAUCCUGAUUACUCACAUACAGGUUGCCCCCCAGAUUCUUAGCAUGGCUCCUCGGCUACCGCUGGCCACCCACUUCCUGUGGGCACUGCUGCUGCUGCCACCGGUGCAAGCCCAUAGCUUCUCAGCACUCAACACCACCUUGAACCACUUGACGCUGGCGCCUGGGGGGACACUGUACGUGGGUGCCGUGAACCACCUCUUCCAGCUGGGUCCUGAGCUACAGUUAGAGGCUGAGGCCGUGACAGGGCCGGUGCUGGACAGUCCCGACUGUGUACCUUUCCGGGAGCCAGCCGAGUGCCCGCAGGCACGGCUCACCGACAACACGAACCAGCUGCUGCUGGUGAAUAGCCGGGCUGGAGAGCUGGUGGUCUGCGGGCAGGUGCGGCAGGGCGUGUGCGAGAAGCGGCGCCUGGGGGAUGUGGCCACUGUGCUGUAUCAGGCCGAGGACCCUGGAGACGGGCAGUUUGUGGCCGCCAACAGUCCCAGGGUCACCACGGUGGGCCUAGUAGUGGCGGCGCCAGGCCGGGACCUCCUGCUGGUGGCCCGCGGCCUGACAGGGAAGCUAUCUGGGGGGGUGCCCCCACUGGCUGUGCGCCAGCUGGCUGGCCCACAGCCCUUCUCCAGCGAGGGCCUGGGCCGCCUGGUGGUGGGCGAUUUCUCUGACUAUAACAGCAGCUACGUGGCCGCCUUGGCCUAUGCCAACACGGCUUACUUCAUCUUUCGGCGGCGUGGGGCACGUGCCCAGGCUGAAUACCGCUCAUAUGUGGCCCGCGUGUGUCUGACAGACCCCAACCUCUAUUCUUAUGUGGAGGUGCCCCUCAGCUGCCGGGGCCAGGGCCUCAUUCAGGCUGCCUUCUUGGCGCCGGGUACACUGCUGGGGGCAUUUGCCUCUGGCCUACGAGGGGCGCCAGCAGCAUUAUGUGCCUUCCCGCUGGCCGAGUUGGAUGCGCGCAUGGAGCGGGCCCGGCGCCUCUGCUACACAGCGGCUGGCCGGGGCCCCAGUGGAGAGGAGGAGGCAGCCGUGGAGUAUGGGGUCACGUCGCGCUGUGUCAUGCUGCCCGCAGACUCCCCCGAGUCAUACCCCUGUGGCGACGAGCACACUCCUAGCCCCAUUGCAGGCCGCCAGCCUCUGGAGGUGGAGCCCGUGUUGCGACUGACCCAGCCCAUCAGCGCAGUGGCAGCCCUGCAGACUGAUGGGCACACCAUUGUCUUCUUAGGGGACACUCAGGGGCAGCUGCACAAGGCCUUUCUGAAUGGCUCGGAGGGCCAGGUGUACCAUUCGCAGCAAGUGGGGCCUCCAGGUUCGGCCAUCAGCCCCGACCUGCUUCUGGAUGCCAGUGGCCACCACCUCUACGUAUUGACACCCCAGCAGGUGGACAGAGUCCUGGUGGCUUCCUGUCCCCAUUUUCCCGACUGUACCAGCUGCUUGCAGGCCCGGGACCCACUCUGUGGCUGGUGUGUCCUUCUUGGCAGGUGUACCCGCAGAGACCAAUGCAAGUGGGAGGCAAAGUCGCACCAGUGGCUGUGGAGCCGGGAGCAGGAUGGAGGUUGUCCACACAUCUGGGACCUGCAGCCAGCCCACUACCCUCGCCAGGAACAGGGCGAGGUCACUUUGUUGGUGGGCAGACUGCCUAAGCUGUCGCCAGAUGAGUAUUUCCAUUGUGCCUUUGGAGACUAUGACAUUCUGGCAGAUGUGAAUGACACUCGAGUCACCUGCCGUGCCCCUCCACCCGACCAGCUGCCCCCCAACUCUGCAGACACAGACCACAUUACUUUGCCCCUGGCCCUGAUGUUUGGCGAUGUGGCUGUGGCUGCCACCAAUUUCUCCUUCUACGACUGCAGUGCUGUGUCAGCAUUGGCAGCAGCUGCUCCGUGCCAGGCAUGCGUGAGCAGCAUGUGGCGGUGCCACUGGUGCCCCCAGAGCAGCCGCUGCUGGUCUGGGGAACAGUGCCCAGAGGAAGAGCUGACAAUCUACAGCUCCCAGGAGGCUGAUGUCCCACUACAGGGCCCUGGGGCUUGCCCACAGGUGGCGGGCCUGGCAGCGCCACUCCUAGUACCUGUGGGCUGGGAUAGCCAAUUGGCCCUUCAUGUGCGGAACCUGCAACUCUUCCGAGGCCUGCCUGUACCCUACCACUGCUGGCUGCAGCUGCCUGGGGAACUGCGGAGACUGGAGGCCUCACUGGAGAAGGUGGCUGGUGACUCAGGCCUCAUUUCCUGCAUGGCAGAGCAGCUGCACCCCAUCAUGGCUAAGAGGGAGCUCCCAGUGCCCAUCUACGUGACCAGGGGCGAGGGCCAGCGUCUGGACAAUGCUCACAGUCUUCAUGUGACCCUGUACGACUGCUCUGUGGGCCGCCCUGACUGCAGCCACUGCCAGGCUGCACCCCCAAGCCUGGGCUGCCAGUGGUGCCGUCAUGGCUCACCUGCCUGCCGCUAUGGGCCACUGUGCCCACCUGACGCCAUACAGCACUUGUGCCCGCAGCCCAGUAUCCAUACGGUGGAGCCCCUGACGGGCCCCCCAGAAGGUGGCUUGGCUUUGACCAUCCUGGGCUCUGACCUGGGCCGGGACUUCACUGAUGUGCGAGACGCCGUGAGUGUGGCUGGCCGGCCCUGCAGGCCUGACGCCUCUCUCUACCGCACCUCUGCACGGAUUGUGUGUGUGACGUCUCCCGCCCCCAAUGGCACCUCAGGGCCCAUCCUCGUGGCCCUUUCCAGGAGACCCCCAAGCAUCUCCACCCAGCACUUUACCUACCAGGAUCCCAUCCUGCUGAACCUGAGUCCCCAACGGGGCCCCAUAGCAGGGGGCACUCUGCUCACCAUCCACGGGCACCACCUCCAGACAGGAGGCAACAUUAGUGCCUUUGUGGGCAGCCAACCAUGCCCCAUUCAGGAGCCGGUGUGUCCUGAGGCCAUUGUGUGCCGCACCAUGCCCCAGGUCACCCCAGGAGCAGCUGAGGUUCAUGUGGCCUUCGGCCAUGCACAGCGUACAUUAUUCUCCUACCACUUCCACUACACGGGUAACCCCCAACUUACUGCUGCAGAGCCCAGCGCCAGCUUCCAGGGGGGUGGGCGGCUGAUCCGAGCUAGGGGCACUGACCUGGACGUGGUGCAGCGGCCGCUGUUGUCUGUGACGCUGGAGGCCACGGCGCAGGCAAGAGCUGAAGGACCCAGGCCCCUGCACCCCAAUCGGAGCCAGAGCUGUGCAGCCUCCCUACAGUCCCCCACCGACUGUAUUCACCUUGAUGGGGGACAGCUGCAGUGUUCCACUGUCUGCUCAGUCAACUCGUCCAGCCUCCUCCUGUGCUGGAGCCCUGCAGUGCCCGAAGGUGCUCGCCCCCUGCGGGUCUUCUUUGCUCUCGACAACCUGCAGGUGGACUUUGCCAGUGCCAGUGGGGGCCAGGCCUUUCUGUACCAGCCCAACCCUCGCCUGGCCCCCCUCAGCCGCGAGAGUCCCUCCCAACCCUACCGCCUCAAACCUGGCAAUGUCUUGGACGUAGAGGGUGAGGGCCUCAGCCUGGGCAUCACCAAGGAGGAGGUGCGUGUGUAUAUCGGGGCAGGUGAGUGCCUGGUGAAGACGCUUACACUGACACAUCUAUACUGCGAGCCCCCACUCCAUGCCCCACAGCCAGCCAAUGGAUCAGGCCCACUGCCACAGUUUGUGGUACAGAUGGGCAAUGUGCGGCUGGCCCUGGGACCUGUCCUAUACGAGGUAGAGCCUGCAGUGCCUGCCUUUCCUGUGGAAGCCCAGGUGGGCCUGGGCCUGGGCGCUGCGGUGCUCAUCGCCGCAGUUCUUCUGCUCACCCUCAUGUACAGGCACAAGAGCAAACAGGCCCUGCGGGACUACCAGAAGGUUCUGGUGCAGCUGGAGAACCUGGAGAUCGGCGUGGGAGACCAGUGCCGCAAAGAAUUCACAGACCUGAUGACUGAGAUGACAGACCUCAGCAGCGACCUGGAGGCCAGCGGAAUCCCCUUCUUGGACUACCACACCUACGCUGAGCGCGCCUUCUUCCCAGGCCAUGGUGCCUGUCCGCUGCAGCCCCUGGCCGAGGUCCCUGGGGAGGAAGCUCGCCGUGCUCCUGUGCACCAGGGCCUCACACAACUCUCCAACUUGCUCAACAGCAAACUCUUCCUCCUCACCCUUAUCCACACACUGGAGAAGCAGCCAAGUUUCUCACAACGUGACCGCUGCCAUGUGGCUUCGCUGCUGUCCCUGGCACUGCACAGCAAGCUGGAGUACCUGAGCGACAUCAUGAGGGCACUGCUUGGGGACCUGGCUGCCCAGUGUGUGCGCAAGAACCCCAAACUCAUGCUGCGCAGGACGGAAACCAUGGUGGAGAAAUUGCUGACUAACUGGCUGUCCAUCUGUCUCUACGCCUUCCUGAAGGAAGUAGCUGGUGAGCCCCUGUAUCUGCUCCUCCGGGCCAUUCAGUACCAGGUGGACAAGGGCCCAGUAGAUGCCGUGACAGGCAAGGCCAAGAGGACCCUGAAUGACAGCCGCCUGCUGAGGGAGGAUGUGGACUUCCGGCCGCUGACGUUGGUGGUGCUGGCAGGGCCUGGGCCAGCAGGAAGCAGCACAGCCCAAUGUGUACCUGCUCGGGUGCUCGACACCGAUACCAUCACACAGGUCAAGGAGAAGGUAUUGGAGCAGGUGUACAAGGGUACUCCGUUCUCCCAGAGGCCCUCAGUGCACGCCCUCGAUCUGGAAUGGCGCUCAGGUCUGGCUGGCCACUUAACCCUUUCAGAUGAGGACCUGACCUCCGUAACCCAGAACCACUGGAAAAGGCUCAACACCCUCCAACACUACAAGGUCCCAGAUGGAGCCACUGUGCGGCUCAUCCCCCAACAGCACAACGGUGUCCCUGUGUCCCAAUGCCCGAGCCCCAGCUGUGUGGUGGGCGAGAGCAUGCCCAUGCUGGAGGAGGGUGAGGAGGGCGGAAUGCGCCUCUGGCACCUGGUAAAGACUCCCGAGGAGGCUGAGGGGGCCAGGGUGCGCCGCAGCAGUGUACGGGAGCGAGAGCGGGAGCGUGCACGGGCCAAGGCCAUUCCGGAAAUCUACCUCACUCGCCUGCUGUCCAUGAAGGGCACACUGCAGAAGUUUGUGGACGACACCUUCCAGGCCAUCCUCAGCGUGAACCGGCCCUUGCCCAUCGCCAUCAAGUACCUGUUCGACUUCCUGGAUGAGCUGGCUGAGAAGCAUGGCAUCGAGGACCCCGAAACACUGCACAUAUGGAAGACCAACAGCCUGCUGCUGCGCUUCUGGGUGAACACGCUGAAGAACCCACAGCUCAUCUUUGAUGUGCGCGUGUCAGACAAUGCGGAUGCCGUCCUUGCUGUCAUCGCCCAGACCUUCAUUGAUUCCUGCACCGUGUCUGAGCACAAAGUGGGCCGGGAUUCGCCAGUGAAUAAGCUGCUGUAUGCCCGGGAGAUCCCUCGCUACAAGCAGAUGGUAGAGCAGUACUAUGCUGACAUCCGCCAGAGCACCCCUGUGAGCUUCCAGGAAAUGAACUCAGCACUGGCUGAGCUCUCUGGGAACUACACGUCGGCACCCCACUGUCUGGAGGCGCUGCAGGGCCUUUACAACCACAUCCACAGAUACUACGACCAGAUCAUCAGUGCCCUGGAGGAAGACCCCAUGGGUCAGAAGAUGCAGCUGGCCUGCCGCCUGCAGCAGGUAGCUGCACUGGUGGAAAACAAGGUGACUGACCUCUGAGCACUCAACUCUGCUGGGGGACUGGCCACCUCUGGAUUUAGAGCCACCUCCAUUCCCACUGUAUUUAUUUGCUUGCUGAAAAAUCAUGUCUGGAAAUAAACUAGAAAUGUGUCUUUGUAAGAAAA